AUGCGCCCCUGUACGCCUCCUCAUGCUGCUGCCAGGCCCCGUAAUCUGCCAUGGGCCCCGUACCAACUUCCUCAUGCUGCUGCCAGGCCCGUAAUCUGUCAUGGGCCCCUGUACCGCCCUCCUCAUGCUGCUCGCCAGGUCCAGAGUGUGUCAUGGGUCCCUGUACGGCCUCCCAUUGCUGCUGUCUCCAUCCGGGGCCACACUCUGACAUGUGCCACUUUCAGGUCUACCUCACACUGCUGGUCGGUUUCCAUUUUUGUCAUAGGGUGCUGUAAUGGCCUCCCCAUUGCUGCUGCCUCACCGCCACACUGUGGCGUUAUUUUCCACUCCACACUCUGGUUUUGGCCCCGUGAACUGCCCAAAUGAGUGAAGUGUGCGGUGAUUCCUAAGAUCGACGGCACUCAUCUGCAUGUCAUACUGACUGUCAGUAUUAUUUCUCUUCCACAGCAGAACUCCCAAGGGCAUUUACAAAUUAAAGGUACAGUGUUCUGCACUAAUAUAA